AUGCCUCGCCAGCGCUCUGGAACCGCUCCCCCUCGCCGCCCGCAGGUCCCGGCUGCAAAGCAAGCAACCACUGCACCUGCGCCCGCUUCCUCGCGCCCGCACUCGACCGCCGCUGCUCCCCCUCGCGCACCAGCCAGCGCUCAUGCGCCUCCUCAACAGCAGGCUCAGGCCCCUACGCCUCAGGGACCCGGCCUAUUCGGACAAAUGGCUAGCACCGCUGCCGGUGUCGCAGUAGGAUCCUCCAUCGGCCACGCAGUCGGCGGCUGGUUUGGAGGCGGCUCCUCGGCCCCCGCCGAAGCCUCGCCUCAAAACACUGAAUUCUCCGCUCAGCACCAGCCCGCUAACGCGGCGUCUGCUCAGAUGGCGCAGUCGGGUCCUUGCGCAAACGAUGUCCAGAGCUUCCGCAAGUGCAUGGACGAGAACCAGGGUAGUCUGACUAUCUGUGGCUGGUACUUGGACCAGCUCAAGGCCUGCCAGGCGGCGGCCGGUCAGUACUAG